GUCAACAUUCAAGCACUGAUAAAUUUCCCUGAUUAGGUAAUCUGUAGUUUUUUGUAUCAACCUCAUAUAAAAAAACAGAGCCUCAGUGACCACAAUAUAAUACAAGACAGCUCCUUUUGCAAAACUUUUUCAUCAUGAGGUGGCUAUCUGUAGCUGUGCUGCUCUUGGGCACGAUUACUUGUUUGCCAGAUGCGUCUUUUGCUGUGGAUAGAGUCAGAGAACUUGUUCCGGCCCUACGCCCCAAACGAAUGGUGGGGGGAUUACUGACGGCAUCCGUCCCCUGGCAGGCAAUGGUGUACCUCAGUGAGAACAUACUGGAUGGAGGUUUUGCUGGAGGAGCCCUGAUAUCUGAGCAGUGGGUACUGACUGCUGGCCGCAAUUUAUUUGUAGGAAAGAAUCAAAGCCAGACCAGAGGACGAGAACCACUUAUUCCAAAAGUCUAUCUUGGAAUCAGCAAACGUGUUCAUGCCAACGCCUCUACAGAAAUAGCCGUGGAAAAGGUGUUUUUGCAUCCAGACUUUCAGAACACAUCCGAAUGGGACAAUGACCUUGCUCUGAUCAAACUGAAGGAGCCGGUCAAAUUUAGCGAGUCCGUAAUGCCCAUCCCACUUCCUCAGAUCGGAGAUAACCAGGAAGAAAAAGAAGAAGAGAAAGGCAUCAUCGCGGGAUGGGGCUGGGGGAGACUUUUUACCCCUGCUCCAGUACUAAAGUUUCUCUCUCUGCCUGUUCGGUCAUGCAAAGGUAACUACCAGGCAAGGGUUCUGGCAAGUACACCAAACGUGGAUGACAAACAGUUCUGCACGGGACCCAGUAAGCAUCAGGAAAAUGUGUGCUUUGGCGAUGCAGGGGGCGCACUUGCAUUCCUGAACCCCAGAACCAAUGCGGUGUAUGCUGCGGGCAUCCUCUCCUUCGACAAGGCUUGUUCUGUAGAAGAGCACGCCGUCUACACAAAGAUUUCUGCCUACCUGCCUUGGAUUCACAGCGUCAUGAGAGGUGAUUCACAAGAAUUUCAGGCGAGGCGUGCUUCACUCCUAAGUCGCUUGUUUGCACAGCAGCAGUAGCGUGAACAACUGCUUGAUAAAUAGGAAUUCAUUUCACUCGUUUGUACCUUGCACAGAACAGAAAUGUUUGUCGUCAGAACGUCUAAAUCAGUUUUUCAAGCAAAACCGCCGUGGGACUCCUUCAAAGUGUCAAUUCUGUAAGAUAUACGAAUACAAUGCAAAUCACGCUUGCUUCUUUUAGGAUAAAUUAAAUAUGAUUUGCUUAUUAAAGUGCAUAAAAUUAAACUUUCACAGACAUCAGUGGUUCCCCAGGCACGAGAAGACAAAUUUUGUAUUGAAUAAUAAAAUUACGAUAUUGAAUGUCAUACUGAAUUAUGCAAUAAAAGUCCAUUUUUACAGCA